UUUAAAUCUCUGAUAUAAAAGUCUUGUACCGUUGUGGCUGGUAUGGCUCCACCCCUUACGCACGCCACGCCAGUCAUGUUUUCUGCGCUUUCUACAUGGAAAGGCGGGCGAAUUUGAAAGCAGCGCAGAUUCGUGUGUUUCAAUAAGACGGAAUAAUUUGUCUUACUUUUGACAUUAUCCUAUUUAAUACUGUGAAAUCUCACUGGCUAGCAGGAAUCUGGUACUCUCUGGAACUGUAACUUGUUGCAAAAUGAGCAACAAAACCCCACGAUUAACGUCCCGAAAAAGCAGCGAUCCUAUCAGAAAGUCCAACGGAGGGAGUCCCCCUAGAAGACGGUCUUCCAGGUUGUCAGCAAAUGACGAAAACCUCCCCUCAAAAGUUUUGGCCCCACCAGUGGCUGUUAAACGGUCAAUCACUGUUAGGAAAAUUGCACCCAGAAAAACACAGGCACCAUCUGACAGUAACAAGGAAAAUGUGGAAAGGUUGUCAGAAGUUUUAACGAAGACGUCCAAAACAUUUACAUCAUCCCCAAAUACAUCAGCUGCACCCAAGACAGCAAUCCUCUCUCCUGUACUGCCCCCUUCAUCUCCAUCAUCCCAGCCUAGAGAAUCCGCGGAGGACCUUGUUUGGUCCAAGAAGGUUCGCCGUUCGUACACUCGCCUGAGUGUGGGGGACAAGUCAUUUGAAAGCCCCAAAUCCCAGCCUGCCUCAUCCUCCUCUCCCAACAGCCGGCAGACCAUGUUUGGAUUCGAAAGGCUUCAGACGCCAGAGGUUAUUCGUAAAACAGAAGGGUCUAGAUCAGCACUUCAGGGCUCCAUGUCAUUAAUUGUGGGUUCUUUUAACAUCUCUGCGGCUGAUGAUAGCGCUACCAACCCUUCUGAAGUAGACCUAAACAUCCCUGGUGUCUGUCUGGUGAAGAAGACGAGGCGAAAGCGAGUCCAACAGAUAAAGAUGUCAGAGUUGGAUCAUCUUGCUGCAAAGAUGAAUGCUGAGUUUGACGAGGCUGAGAAUUUUGAACUUGUUGUGGAAUAACAAGUGAGAAGCUACAUUCAUUCAGGACUUUUUAACAUCUUACUUGAGAACAUAUAUUGCUUAAUUAUUGUUCAGUACUCCUGAUUCUCCCUGUCUUGAUUAAAUAAUCAAAAACCAGUAUAAUGAGAACGUUUUGUGAGAUCAAACAGAUCUAUAUUUGUUGUUCUUGUACUAUAUAAGGUCAUUUUUCAAUGCUACAACCAGAAAUAAAAUAUAACGGAA